AGUAUUAUUGUGACACACUGGCCGGAACACAACCCAGCUUUAUCACAUACCGAUAACCUACAUUUGUCAGUUAACCAUCGCUGUUACAGGUGUAACACUGAAACAUGCCUGUGAAAGCAAAGAAAUGGAUCUUGGCACACCAAUUCGAUGGAGUGCCCAAAGAUUCUGAUCUCGAACUCGUCGAGGAGGAGUUGCCAGAGCUUCAAGAUGGACAAAUUCUGAUAGAAGCUCAAGCACUAAGCGUGGACCCAUAUAUGAGGGUUUACGUACGGUCAGCAUUGAAGGAAGGGGACACCAUGAUAGGCUCCCAAGUUGGGAAGGUGAUAGAGAGCAAGAGCCCAAAGCAUCCGGUGGGAAUGAUGCUCGUUGGGAAUGUUGGAUGGAGGACGCACGCCAUCGUUGAUGUUGGUCAGGGGGUCGGUGGUAUGCCCACAGUUAUGCCUGCUACUCCAGUCCCUGGUCUCCCAGUGUCAGUUAACCUGGGUGUCCUCGGCAUGCCUGGUGCCACGGCAUACUUUGGUUUACUUGAGCUCUGUAAGCCCAAGGCGGGGGAGGUAGUGGUGGUCAGUGCGGCCGCAGGGGCAGUGGGCAGUUUGGUCGGACAGAUAGCCAAAAUUAAGGGUGUUAAGUUGGAUUUGACCUGCAAAGGAGGUCAAAGGUCGGGGUCAGAGGUCAAGGUUAUGUGCUUUGCUCUACAAAACUUCAGUUCACUCGACUCCAAACACAUCUAA